GCAAUAUACGGGUGUUCGUAGAACGAGAGAGAUAAAGGAACAUGCGGAAUGAAACGGUCGCGUUUCGGCUGUCAUGAUUAUUCGUUCGCCUAACGCCUAUCGUCCAUUUAAAAAUCUAGCUAACACGAUAUCGAUAAUACGCGGAUUACUUAUUAAAUCUAAAAGCCAAGAGCGCGCAGUGUGAAGUUAGUAAACGUACGAACGGAAACACGGGGUCGUCGUUUUUUUUUUCAGAUAUUCGACGACAAAACGAGAAAGAGUGGUGCUAGUGCCAAUUAUAUAUAUGGAGAUAGAAGCUACAUGCGCGUAAACGUAUAAUAGUUCCCAUCUUACACCGUCUAAAGUGUAUGCAAGGGAAUGCAUAUAUAUGUUUUAUAUAUAUAUAUAUAAAAAGAGAGAGAGAGACGCAUAGAGACAUAGAUAUACGUGUGUAUAUAUAUAUAUAUAUAUAUAUAUAUAUAUAUAUACAUAUACGUACACAUAUAAUCGAAGAUUCACGAUAAGAAGAGUAAAGAAGUAAAAAAAAAAAAGAAGAGAAAAAAGAGAGGAAGAAAAAAUUAAAAAAAAAAGAAAAAGAAGCGUUACAAUAUUAUCGAAGAUAAGAGGACGAAUCGAAAAAUAUAGAGAAAAACCGGCUUCCCAUUUCUAGUGGUGCUUUUUUCCUUUCUUUUCUGGUGGGGUGAUUGGUUAGAUAUCUGGUGCCGAAAAUCCUACACCUACUUCCUAGGUUUUUUUGUCAAUGACGUACCACUGCUACGAGAAGAAUACCGGUGGUCGUUGUCGGGAAUCCGAUGCUCUCGCAUGUCGUCGUCCGGCAAAGUGAAAUACAGAUUCGUCGUUUACUUGAUUUUCUUUGGCCUAGAGCUGACUAGCUUCGACGAAAGCGUGGACGUCGUCACACCGGAGAUGAAAAUUGAAACGUCCCAGGAUUUGACAUAAAGGAUAGGAUUUCCUAAAAGAGGAAUGUUGUUUAUUGAAAAUAUGGAAAAUCUUCUGCCGUAGUGGCAGGUGUGAUGUUGGUCACGCAGACUCCCUCCUCGAUGGACAAUCCACCGAAUAUGUUAUCGGUGCUCGAGGGGGAGGCGCAAAACGACGUGGAUGACAUAUUCCCACCGCAUGUCGAUACUACGAACAUCGUAAUACAACCAGAAUCGCCAACAAGUAAGAAGCAACCAUUGAAGACCUUCAAAGAGGUCAAUGCACUUUUACAAACAGGCAGGAAGAGGGAAGUAAAAUUAAUUAUUAGGGAGAAUGCUUGGCCUUUAAACAAUGGUAUCAGGGCACAACUUUGGCCGGCUCUUUGCAAUCAGUAUGCACAUGGAAAAAAUAUGCUUGAUGGAUUUUAUUGGGACAUGGUGAAUCAAGUCUUUGGAACUACAGAGUUACCUGAAAAAUCAAUCAUGUUGCCGCCAUUCGUCGAUAGCACGCAUUGUCUAUCGUAUAAUUUAACGAGAAAAGGUAGAAGCGUCGCUGAUAGAGUCGUUUCUGUUCUUGGAUACGCUUGUCCUGAUAUUACUUAUAGUCCAUCGUUGUAUCCUAUUACUGCCCUUCUAUUACACUUCAUGCCAGAAGAAGAAUGUUAUCACUGCAUGGCCAGUUUAGUAGCCGUAAAAGAAAAAAUGUUUAUUACGCAAACGAAACUUCUUUACGAAGUUACGUGGAAAACGGUAGAGCAGAUAACUAAGAAACAUGUGAAAUCAGCAGCAGUACAUUUAACAAGGCAUUGUUCUGUCUCAAGAGCAGAAAGGAUUUACAUGGAUUGGAUUUGGUGGAUCCUUCAACUUCUUCCAUUUCAACAUCUUGUUAGAGUAAUAGACUGCUUUUUACACGAAGGCAUUAAGGUCUUCUAUCGAGUAGCUAUGGCAAUUGUUCUGCAAUUCUACAAACAUUCGUCGUCGCAAAAUUCAGAAUGGAUGGUCGAAAUAACUAAAAAUGGUGUGGAUGCUGCUCUUUCGAAGUUCUGCAGACAGAUACCAGUAACGCCGGCAAAAUUUUUGCAAACUGCAUUUCGAAUUCGUGGACUUAGUUCGGCAUACAUAUCACGAGUGUUCCUGCGUACGGAAAUGGCUUUGAAAAGUAGAAGCGUAUUGACAGGGUCCAAGUCAUUAACAAGAUCUCGAUCAACGGAUAAUCUACCUACAAGUCAAUCUCAAGUCAACAUCCAAAUGAUGUCUCAUACAUUGACGAUAAGAGAAAAAGAGUGCGAAGACACGUACAAAGACAGGGGUGCUCACAGUCCUGGACCCAGAGCUCUCUCAAUGGGUGUUUAUCCCAUACAAAACAUAUGCUCCCAGAUUCUUGACAUGUCUGAUUUAUUCACCUUAUGGUCAUGGCUACCUAUGAGAAUAACCAUGUACCAACCAAUUUUGCUGUACACCACAGAAGAACACGGAUGUUCUUUGACAACAUUUUAUGUACGCGUUGAACAACACGAACCAACUCUUUUAAUGAUAAAGACAUGUAAUAACGAGGUUUUUGGAGCAUAUUGCUCGACAAGAUGGUGUGAACGUAAUUUAAAGGAUGAUAAGGGUCAAAGACAAGCGUAUUUUGGUACAGGAGAAACAUUCCUGUUUAGUUUGUAUCCAGAAAGAGCCAAGUAUCCAUGGGUAGGUAUGGAUUCUUCGCACAAUGAUUCUAGAGUACAUCAUUCGGCUGAAUUAUUUAUGGCGGCCGAUUCAAAAAUGAUAACAAUUGGUGGAGGAGACGGCCAAGCAAUUUGGAUGGAUGAAAACAUAAGAUACGGCAAAACCGACCGGUGCUCAACAUUUAAUAAUCCACCAUUAUGUGCUAGCGGUGAUUUUGAAAUCAGGGUACUCGAGGUAUAUGGCUUUGCCGGUGCUUGAAAACGAAAGGGUGACGGGGAAAAAAACAACAAGAAAACUGAGAACCAAUUGCCAUAUAUCGAUUUCUUUUAUUCCUUACUGCCAUUUAGCGACUCUCUUUAUAUGUAUGAGUGCGUACGUAUACUCAUACAACUUUUGGCUUAUAUAUGCAUUAUAGAUUAUGGCUUCGACUCAUCAUCUAUGUGUGUAAACGUUUGUGUCCACAAAUAAGAUGAUAACAGUAAUGAUAUAUCUUCUCGAUGAUCACAUAUAUGUAGGAAAUAUUUAAAACGUUAAAAGAUACGUCUAUACAUAUGAAUGUUCUGUCGCAGCGAGUUAAUCAAAAAUUUUAAAAAAGAAAAAAAAAAGAGAAAAAAAGGAAAAAGAAAAAAAGAUAUAAGAUCUAAUUGAGAUGGUUCUUAUGUCCGCUUAUUUUCGUACGUGCUUUUUUUUCUUUUUUUCUUUUCUUCUGUCUGUCUGUCUUUCUUUCUCCGUUUCUUUUUUUCUUUCUUUUUUCUUUCUUUUUUCUUUCUUUCUAAUGCUUUAUUUCCGUGAGAGUAUUUGUCUGAUAUAUACAUACAUACGUCGUUACAAACUCAGUUAUAUAGUAGCUCCAAUUAAAAUAAUAUGUACCAAGAGGAGCGUUGCUUUUUACACGAAAACGAACUUCGACAAUAAUUGCAGCAUAUAUAUGAGAAUAAUAUGUGUUAUUUAUAUUCGUUAUUUAUGAAUAUUUAAUAUUCAUCGAGCUAGUAAACAUUGUUAUAUAUUUGUGUAUAUAGUUAUAUAGAUAGAUAGAUAGAUAGAUAGAUAGACAGAUAGAUAGAUAGAUAAAUAGAUAUAUACGUAUAUUAAAGAUUAUUUCAUUGCGCCCAAAUAAUUAUUAAUUUGCAAUGUAUUAAUCUUUCCACGCGCAAGCAUGAUUUUUCUUUCUUUUCUUUUUUUCUUUUUUUUUCCUUUUAAAAAUUUAUUUAUCUUAGCUCUAACUUCGAUCAUUUAUUAACAAAAGUAUAAGGAUAAGGAAUAUGAAAAAAAUUAAAUUUCAUAAUACAUAACUAGCAUUAUAUCUAUGCAUGUUACACGAAUAUGUCCUCUCGUAUAAGUAUAUAUAUAUCUAUUGUAAAUAUUAUAAAUAUCAUGUAUUCUAUGCACACAAAUAGAUAUCGCAAAAGGGCGGAUUAACGUUGUUCGAAAUAAUUGCCUCUUUUUGAGGAAACAAACGAAAACAAAAGAAAAAAGAAAAAGAAUCGAAAACUGGCAAAAGGCUGAAUUUUGCAAUUUUACGCUUCUCUCGUAACGAUUAUAAUAGCGAAUAAUAGUAUUGUUAGAAACAACAAGGAGCUAUAUAUAUUAUAUAUGUAUGUAUGUAUGUAUGAUGUAUGUAUCUAUGUAUGUAUGUAUGUAUGUAUGUAUGUAUACAUAUAUAUAUAUACUUUAUUUAGUUGUCAUAUUAUAUGUAUUUGCAAUCAUACAUGAAACGAUCGUCAUAGAAUUAGAAGUUAUGGAAAAGAACUAAAAGGGAAGAAAUUAUUAUUAUUAUUAUUAUUAUUAUGAUUAUGAUUAUUAUUAUUAUUAUUAUUAUUAUUAUUAUUAUAACUAUUAUUAUUACUAUUACAACUAUUAUUAUUACUAUUAUUAUUAUUAUUAUUAUUAUUAUUAUUAUUAUUAUUAAUUUUUUUUAAUACAUAAUUAUACUCGUUAUGCUCUUUCAUAACAAACUUCGUACAAUUUAAAUAAGGAAGAGUUAGAUGUAGACAUUACGAACAUUAUUAUUAUUAUUAUUAUCACCAUCAUCAUCAUCAGCAUCAUUAUCAUCAACAUUACCGUUAUCAUUAUUAUUAAUUAUUAACUAUUAUUUUUGUUUCUUUUUCCUUUUUUUUCUUUUCUUUUCUUUUCUUUGUGAUCAAUCUGUAUCGUCGUAAUAUAAAACGAUACAAGAUUUAACUCUUAGAGUACCUGCAUCCGUGUUUAGUUUUGAGUUAAUUCCUCAUUUCGAAAAAAAGAAAUAAUAAAAAAAAGCAAAUGAACAAACAUGAAAGUAUUGUAUUAAGAAUGGGAGAGAGAGAGAGAGAGAGAGGGAGGGAGAGAGAGAGAGAGAGAGAGAGAGAGAGAGAGCCAGAGAGAGAGCCAGAGAGAAUGCGUUUUCACGGUGCAUGAAAAUAAUGCAUCAUCUGCAAACUGAGAUAUAUAAAUGCAAUUUCUUUCUUUUCUUUUUUCUCCUUUUUUUUUCUUUUAUGUACAGAGAUUCCAAGUGGCAGGCACCACUUUUCCUUCGAGCUAUGAUAUAAUAUUAUAUGCACACACACAUGUAUAUGUAUGUGUGUAUGUUAUAUAUAUAUAUAUAUAUAUAUAUAUAUAUAUAUAUAUAUAUAUAUAUAUAUAUAUAUAUAGGCAAAUCAUGAUUUUUUGUUCAUUGCAUAAAAAUUUUACUACGAAUUUUAGAAUCACACUCCACUCCUUCGCCAACGUAUAUAUUAGUACUCGAUCAAUAGAAAUAUAAUUCAAUAUACGUAUUGAAUUCAUAUAUAUAUAUGAAAAAUAUAUGAAUUAAUUUCUUUCUUUUUUUUUUUGUUACGAAUUUUCAAAGAUUUUAUUAAUGCAAUAUUUUUGUUUCCUUUUUUUUUCUUCGAAUGUUCGUCUAGGCGUGCAAUCUUAUUGGGAUAUUACCUCUCUCCCAUAUUUAUAAUGUAAAGUUAUAACAUUAUAUAACAACUUGUUAAUAAUAUAAAUACUUAUUAAAAAAAUGUUAUUAUAGUUAAUAACUAUGAUAGCAAUAUAUAUAUAUUGACAUAUAUAUAUAUAGACACAAACACAUAUACAUUCUCUGAUUAAAAAUUGUCUUUGUUAUAGAUUUGCAUGAAUGAAAGAGGCAUGAAUAUAAACGAAAUAUAAUAGUAUACACGCGGUGCUAAAUUUUUUCUUGUCAUUUUAUAAUAUAUGGCAUAUAAUUACACAUGUUGUUAGUUAAGAGUCGGACGUAUUACGCAUUGUAAGAGAGAGAUUUUUUAUUUCUUUUUCUUUUAAUUUUUUUUUUAUAUAGCAAAAAAUCAUUACUAAUUUAUAAAUAACUUCAAACUGUUUGAUCGUAGAAUCUUAAUUCGAAUCUAAUUCGAUCGCUACUGUAUCACAUUUAUUUGAUUUUUCGAUCACACGUACUAGUAGCGAUCUUUGCAUAUCAAGAAAGUCUGUAAGAAUUUUCAUGUUCUUAUGGAUAAGUAUUAUGAUAAGAAAAUGGAUAAAAAAAACAAAUAAUAGAUUAAAAAGAAAACACGAAAGUACAUGUAUACAUAUACACAUACGUAGUAAACAUUUUUUAUACAGAUAUAAAGAUGAUGGCUUAGAACGAAGAUAUAUAUAUAUAUAUAUAUAUAUAUAUAUAUAUAUAUAUAUAAAAUUUUCGUUAGAAAAUUUUAAACGAUUUUCAAUAUAUACAUACAUAUACAUAUACAUAAUGUGAUAGUCAAUCUUUAAUUUAGCGAAUUAAAUUUUAUCGAUCAACAAAUAUUAAUAGUAAUAAUAAUAAUAAUGCUUAUGCCAUGCUUCGUCGUUAAUUAAAAAAAAAAAUAAAUAAAAUAAAAUAAAAAUAAAAAAAAGAAAUAAAAUAAAAUAAAGUAAACGUAAUCCAUCUUGUUAAUUGUACUAGUAAACAUUUUUGGCAAUUAACGCGUUAAUAUUUAAACAAUCCGAGCAGUACGUUGUGACCAAUUAGAAAAUAAAAAAAGGAAAAUAAAAAAGAAUCUAUAUACAUAUACUGUAUCAAUCAAUCAAUCAAUCAAUUGAUCGAUGAAGAUCAAUUAGUAAGUUAACUAAUUAUUCAAUCGCGAGCAAAAAUUACAUUUCUAUUGCGAAAGAAGAAAAAAGAACAUAAGUAGAUACAUUCUUCGAUCAAUAUUUUUAAACGAUCUACGUAAUGAAAUACAUAUAAAAGUAAAUAGAUAUAUAUAUACUUUAUAAUCCUUUUUUUAUUUUUUCUGGUCGUUUACUAGGAUCGAUGUGAAUCGAUAUAUCGAUCGAAAAAAGAAAAACAUUAAUCCGAUCUCCAAAAAUAAUAGUCACUUUUUCUUCAUCUUUUUAUUUUUAUUUUAUCUAAACUUAUAUACACACCUACAUAAACGCAUGAAACUACCAAAGCUGUUUCUAUCUCUUUUUAUUUUGUUCAUCUCUUUUUCUUUAUUUUUUUCUUUUAUUUUUCUCAAAAACAUUACGUCGAUCUCAUCGUGAUCAUUCGCCAGAUGAUUUUCACUUGUUAUGUGACUAUUGUGUGAUUGAUUUUAUGAAUGAAAUUGAUUUAACGAAUGAAAGGGAAUGAAUAAUAUUUAUUUAUUAUAUUAUAUACAUAUAUACAAUGUGUCGAAGGAAAGAAAGGAAAGAUAAACGUUUAUUGAAAGAGGAAGAAAAAAGAAAAGUCCAUUUACACACACACACGCACACACAACAUGCAUGCAUACAUACAUAAAUACACAAAUACACAUACAAAGGAAAAAUAACGAAAACAAAGUUGCAAACAAAGAUGUAGUCAUGUUAUAUUAGAAUUACAAAUAAUUUAUAAACAAAUUUCUCUACGAAUUAUAGCCGAGCCUAAUAAUAAAAUGUGUAUGAACGUGAUUGCGCAAUUUGCACGUAUACGUAAAGAAAAAACAAAAAAAAAUAUAUAUGUGUAUAUAUAUGUGUGUGUGUGUAUAUAUAUAUAUACAUAUAGAUACACACACAAAAGAAACUAUAUAUAUUAGCCUCCCACCCCUCGCAAAGAAGAAAAAAGUAAUCAAAAUGAGCAUAACCGAGUGGAGUGUUCGCGUGCUUUUUGUGUAAAAGUCAUCGUGUUGUUAUGUAUGUAACCCAAAAUUGUACACUGUUUCCCCGAACAAAAUUGUUAUCUAUGGAUAUAUAUUACUUUAUCAUAUCAUUGUUGUGAAUAGAUUAUUGUUAUAAAGAAAA